UGUAACAUCGCGGCUGGUCCAGAGAACAGGUGUGCAGUGCUGCGAGGCCUGAGGAGGUAGAGGGGCCAGCCCACUCUGGAGAAUGGAAGGAGGAGGAGGGGUGCUUAACAACACAGCUUCUCAGUGUUGCAAUCUUAGCCUGAACCAUGUGCUACCCACUGGGAGAGAAUUUCUUGCUGCCUGUUUGUACCUCUGCGUAAUCCCAGACCCUCUGCGUAAUCCCAGACCCUCUGCCUUCCAAAGUGAGAUGAAAGCCCUGGAAAAAUACCUAGAUUAGCUGGAGUGCUGCAGGGAAAACUGAGCCAAGCUUCUGCAGUUCUCGGCAGCCUUCUUCGCCUUCCUGGGCCAGGUCCUUUGAGCUUGGGGCAUCAGAUCUGAGGACUGAAAUUCCUCAAGGAGUCACUCAGGAGCCAGCUCUGACCAGCGGAGUGACACAUCCUCCUCCAUCGGCACCUUUCCCUCUCAUCCAUCCUCACCUUGAUCUCACGUGCUUCCAGGCAGUGAAGCAGAAGCUGUCUGUGGCUCUGACAGACACAAGCUUGUUGGGCUGGUAGAAAAAAAACUCCGGUGAAGCUGCAGCACUGAAAUUGUUUCCUUGGAGAAGUGUGAAACGAUGAAUGGGCCUGUGGAUGGCUUGUGUGACCAUUCUCUAAAUGAGGAAGGAGCCUUCAUGUUCACAUCAGAGUCUGUAGGAGAGGGACAUCCGGAUAAGAUCUGCGACCAGAUCAGUGAUGCAGUUCUAGAUGCUCACCUCAAGCAAGACCCCAAUGCCAAGGUAGCCUGUGAGACGGUGUGCAAGACAGGCAUGGUGCUGCUGUGCGGGGAGAUCACCUCCAUGGCCAUGGUGGAUUACCAGCGUGUGGUGCGGGACACCAUCAAACACAUUGGUUAUGAUGACUCUGCCAAGGGCUUCGACUUCAAGACCUGCAAUGUACUGGUAGCUUUGGAACAGCAGUCCCCGGAUAUUGCCCAGUGUGUCCAUCUAGACAGAAAUGAAGAGGAUGUUGGUGCUGGAGACCAGGGCUUGAUGUUCGGCUAUGCCACCGACGAGACGGAAGAGUGCAUGCCUCUCACCAUCGUCCUUGCACACAAACUCAACAACCGCAUGGCCGAGCUGCGGCGCACUGGCACCCUCCCCUGGCUGAGGCCAGACUCCAAGACCCAGGUGACAGUUCAAUACACACAGAAAAAUGGCGCAGUGAUUCCUGUGCGCGUCCACACCAUCGUCAUCUCCGUGCAGCACAACGAGGACAUCUUGCUGGAGGACAUGCGCAUGGCUCUGAAGGAGCAGGUGAUCAGGGCCGUGGUGCCUGCCAAGUAUCUGGAUGAAGACACCAUUUACCACCUGCAACCCAGUGGCCGCUUUGUCAUCGGCGGUCCCCAGGGGGAUGCAGGUGUCACUGGUCGCAAGAUCAUUGUGGACACCUAUGGAGGCUGGGGGGCUCAUGGUGGUGGGGCCUUCUCUGGAAAGGACUACACCAAGGUGGACCGCUCAGCAGCCUAUGCUGCCCGCUGGGUGGCUAAGUCCCUGGUGAAAGCGGGGCUCUGCCGGAGAGUGCUUGUGCAGGUGUCCUAUGCCAUUGGCGUGGCAGAGCCACUCUCCAUUUCCAUCUUCACCUAUGGAACCUCAGAGAGGACAGAGCGGGAGCUGCUGGAGGUGGUGAACAAGAACUUUGACCUCCGGCCAGGUGUCAUUGUCAGGGAUUUGGACUUGAAGAGGCCGAUUUACCAGAAGACAGCAUGCUAUGGCCAUUUUGGACGGAAGGAGUUCCCAUGGGAAGUGCCCAAGAAGCUUGUGUUUUAAAGCUGGCAGGAGUGGGCCUAGCUUUGCCCUGCACGCGCUGCUCCAAGAUCCCAGACGCCCAGAUCUCCCAGCCUUUCCUGACAUCAUGCUCCCCCACCCUGGCCCACAGCCCCCUCUUUUUGCCCCAUCCCCGUAUCACCACAGAUGUUGGAGAGCAGGUAGCUUCUGGGUGUUGGUAUCAGGAUCCCUGUGAGCAAAGUCACAACAUUCCCCUGCCUGUCCGUGGAGCAGGGUAAUGUUGAUUGAGUGGAAGGGUCACCCUCAUCAAGAGAAAAAUCUUUUCCCUCACCCCCUCCCACAGGUCAACCCUGACCAGCUCCUCUUCCCUCUCUGGACAGAUCUCAAGGCUCCUGUGGGGCAGGCAUGCCAGGUCUCCCCUUUUUACAUGUGGCCAGCACCCUGAACCAGGGCCUGGGCUAAGCCCGCUCAGCCUGGGCAUCUGAUGUCUCGUGAGCGACUGCAGUGUGCAAGGGACCAAGCCAAUGACAGAUCUCAUGUUUUCUUCCUUCCAACAUUAUGAAGUGUCACUUUUUGUUAUUCCCAUUACCAAUGAGGGAAACCGGGGCACAGAGACUCUAGGUAGCUUUUUCAGGGUCCCACAGCUAUACAUGUCAGGGCAAGAGGUGGGCCUGAGCUAUGCCAGAGCAGAUUGGAACAAGGCUGUGAACAAUGGCCUAGGGCCUGAGCCUGGGAGUCCUCGAAGUCAGGCAGUGAUACCAUUGCUCUUGGAAAAGCCCGGAUGAUGCUCUGUAUGACAUUUGUCAGAGUUGGGAUGGAACCAAGAGCUUUCAUUACCUCACUUGUCCUGGAAGAGAGUCCAGGGCAGGGUGGGCAGUGUAGCCCAUCAGGCUGGGCUAGAGUUUGGGAUUAUAAUCCCAGCUUGCUGACCUUUCAGAGACAUGAGAGUUUGGAAUUUUGGACCUCUGGGGCAUGUGGUAUAAGCCACAUCAGUGUCUCCAGGGGUCUCCUGGAGCAGGGGUAGUAGCUUGUUCCAGAGCAGUGCAGCCUUUGGGUGAAAUAUGGGACCCUGUGACCUUCGCGUCCUUCCCUUCUCUGGCCCCUUGUGCCCUCUAGGGUGUGAGUGUUAUCUGUAAGUUGGGGCUCCUCUGAUCCCCCUUCCAGAGAGGCGAGUCCCAAGGCCUGGGUGCCUCAUGUUAAUAGUGCCCAGGUGCAGGGCUGCCUCUUGGUGGUGAACAGGGUGCCUGAUGAGCGAUGACUUUCUGCCUUUGUCAGUUGGCUUCGGGUGGACACAUCUGCUCCCAAAGGGCCUGAGGGGUCCUUAGCCCACCAUCGUCUUGGAAACCUCAAACUCUUCUGCCUUUUCAUCCGUGGCUGGUGCCACUUGCCCCAUCUGUCCUCAGCCUGAGCCUUGAACAGCAGAUCUUGGCCCCAUUGCUAACAGCCAGGGAGACAGGCUCAGAAAGGGCUCUCAGGGCCAGGGAUUUAGCUCAGUGGUGCUGCUGCCUGCCUCACAAGAUCCCCAGUACCCCCCACAAAGGAAGGGCCCUCCUUGGCCCCAGGGGAUCCCCAGGAAAUGGCUUCUUCUCAGGAUACACAGCACUGGUCUUGGCUGCAAGUCUCUGCCUGGCAGCCUCAUGUAGGAGAAAACACUGAUCUGGGUCUUGGCUUGAAGCACAAAGACCCUGUCUUUCCCUUCCAUUAGGACAAAGAAACUCCUUGGGGAAAAGCCAAGCCCCAGCUACCAUCAUAUGCUGGAGCUUCCUCGUGACUUAGAAGCUCUGGUGUUUCUCAGGGACCCUGGUUGUAUAGGGCCUCAGGGUCCCUGCAGCACAGGGAGUGGGGGGAGGGCCUCACAGGUGUCUGAGUUCCUCCAACCAGGGCUGUUUUUGAAGUAGAGAUCUUCUGCCCCCUGGAGAAGAGAGACCUUUUGGCCUACACUGUUUAUAUGAAUCUAAUGUCUACUACUAGUUUCUUCUAGGAUAGUGAAUAAAAAACCAAAAAGCAACUACCCUAUUUUAGCUUUUAUUUGCACACCCCCAGAAAUGCAAUCCCAACUCCCCCAUCCCCAGCAAAGGUGGGUCCUCUCCUCAGGGUUACCCUAAACCAGCCUAUGGGGGACCCUCUCCCCACAGCUCCUGUGUUAAGUCACUGCAUCGCUGUAUUUGCUCCUCACCAUGUCCCUCUGAGGCGGGGCCUGAGGACCCAGGAUGUUUAGGAAUAUGAAGGGGCUCUGGGCUGGUCAGGGGUUCCUUGGUCUCAGGGUGCCCUCAAUCACAUGCACAGCUGCCCUACUUCUUGUCUCUGUCCCAUCCUUCUGCCCCUCUGCAUGUCACCUACAACGAGGCUGGCACAAGUGGACUGAGGCCACAUUUUCUCAUUCUUUGGAUAAUAACUGACAGGAGUAACUGAGUGAAGGGUGUGUCUACACCUUUAAGUGGGUGCACAAUUCCUCUUCCUGCUUUUCCCCAUUUUCAGCUGUGAGGGGAGUAGCCAGGUGAUUGUUCAUUAGCAGCAGGUGUCCACAGGAGCCCUGAGCACAGCACCAGCAGGUGGGGAGGUGGGGCCUGUGCAGCAGCCCACACUGGGGACAGGAGGGAUUCUGGGGCAUGCACCCUGAAGGCUGAGCACAGGUCUGUGCGGCUUCACCUUCUUAAGAUGAGGAUCUGACCAGAGUGUCAGGAAGGGCAAAGGUGCAGCAGAGACCAGAACCCUGGCCAAGGGGAGGGGAGAGACUCUGCCCAGAGGAGCCACUCCAUGGGCAGGCGAUGAAACAUCACACAUUACAGAAUGUGGUGCACAGGCUGCAGGAACAUAUACGGUAUGGACAAAAAGACCCUUAUGAAGUGUAUGGGAGAACCUGCCUGUACCAUGGCUUAGUGGGCAGAAAUGGUGAAAUAAUUUCUGAAGGCAAGGAAAGGAAUCAACUUCUGGGCCAGUGUCACACUGUCAGGGCAAUGUGGGAGUCACAACGGAGCUUGGGAGAGCGGCUGAGGGAGGAGGGGGACCUUAGGGGUGGGAGUCCUUAGAAGCCAAUUAAAGAUAGCAUUUCUAGGAUCAACUAUGAGAAAUGAUAGUAUAAGGAGAUCUGUGACCUGGGAAGGUCCAGUGAAUUCAGCCACAUAUUUUGCUGGUAAUGUGGGAAAUGGCUUAGUUCAGUCAUGAUCCUUUAGUAUAUCUAGUCCAUUUGAAGUGCAAUUCAAAGUGCAUGACUGCAGGGUCAUCUCCUGCAUGUCUGCCCAGUGCCCAUCUCCCUGCCCCCACUCUGGGACCAGCUCGCCUCUGCUCUGCCACACUCCAGACUCCCUGGCUUCUCCAAAUAGACCAAGCUCCCUCCUGCCACAGGACCUUUGCACAUAUCAUUCUAUCAUGGAUGCUCUACUUGUUUUGUGAAUUUCAGAUGAGAUUUCUGGGUCUGUAAAAAUUCCCCUUUUGGACAUCCUCUCUUCUCUACACUUCCAUUUUUAGUGACUGAUUUCCUCAUUUUACCCCCUUGGGGUCUACCUCCCUCACUGAAUCCCUUCCUCACUCACCCACCCAUCCAGUCU